AUGAUCUGCCUGGGUGGCUGGUGCGCGCGGUGGCCCCGUGGAGCGGCGGUCCCGGCCGGGCGGCGCUGGGCGGCGGGUGGGCAGGCGGGCCGGCCAGGCGCCCGCGCCCUGCGGGUGCUGGUGGACCUGGACGGCGUACUAGCCGACUUUGAGGGCGGUUUCCUCAGGAAGUUCCGCGCUCGCUUCCCCGACCAGCCCUUCAUCGCGCUGGAGGACCGGCGCGGCUUCUGGGUGUCGGAGCAGUACGACCGCCUGCAUCCCGGGCUGAGCGAGAAGGCCAUCAGCAUAUGGGAGUCAGAGAAUUUCUUUUUUGACCUUGAGCCUCUGCCAGGGGCUGUGGAAGCUGUGAAGCAGAUGGCCGACCUAGAAAACACUGAUGUCUUCAUCUGCACGAGCCCCAUCAAGAGGUACAAGUACUGUGCCUACGAGAAGUAUGCCUGGGUUGAGAAGCACCUUGGCCCUGACUUUCUGGAGCAGGUGGUGCUGACCAGAGACAAGACCGUGGUCUCUGCUGACUUUCUCAUAGACGACCGGCCGGACAUCACAGGCAAGUGGCUUGGGCAGGGGCCGAGCCCAACCCCAGCUGGGAGCACAUACUCUUCACAGCCUGCCACAACCGGCACCUGCCGCUGCAGCCCCCCAGCCGCAGGCUGCUCUCCUGGGCGGACGACUGGAAGGCCCUUCUGGACAGCAAGCGGCCCUGCUGAGGGGACUGUGCUCUGGGCUCCCCCAUGGUGCUCAGGGUCUAGGGGCUAGUGCUCUGGUCCAGGGGCUCCUUCUCAGACACCCCAGGCCCACUGCAUAUCUUCUCCCUCGUCCUAGCCCCACCAGGCCUUAAAUUGAUCUCGGGGCAGGACUGGCCUAUGGGCACUGGAUAAGACUCAUGUGGCCCAGCAAUGCAGAUGACCCUCAGGCCGUGGCCAGGCUGCUCCAGAUAAGGGGGCAAGGGCAUCGCUCAGAGGACCAGCAGUCCUCCUUCCCUCUCUCAGGGUGUCCUGCUUCCUCAGACUGGUGGCCCGGUCCGGCAGUGAGGAUGCCAGCCGCCUUUUCAUCGAUGAGGGUGAUAAGCAGGGUCAGGUGGUAUGACCCCUCACACCCUCAGCCAUGGCCCCUGAUCCCUUGCCUGCCCAGUCUGGGGCCUCCAGCGCCCUCACUGAGCUCCAGGACCAUGCAUGUGGCUCUGCCUUUGACCAUCCAGAGGGUCCUCAUUCCUCAUCCCUGGUCCUGCUCAGGACCCAGCAGAGUCAUCAGGCUUGAACAUUUGUUGAAAAAUAAAUGCU